AUGUUGGAGCCAAGCUUUAACCAGAUGCAGGUCAAUCAAGGGAUUGAGCUCGGUUUUGCUGAUGGUAUCCGUGCUUUGAUGCGUCAAGAUCCAGAUAUUAUUAUGGUUGGAGAAAUUCGUGACCAAGAUACUGCCAACAUGGCGAUUCAGGCAGCAUUAACAGUUGGAUGUGAGGAAUGCCGUCAAACAGGUUAUAAAGGUCGUGUCGGGAUUUACGAGUUUAUGCCGAUUAGCCUUGAAGCAAAGCAGAGAAUUAGUGCGGGCGUGACUUUAGACGAUUUAAAAAUGCAGGCAAAAAAAGAGGGUAUUGAACCAUUAAGAAUUGCUGGUGCGCGUAAAGUAUUGGAAGGCGUAACAACGCUGGAAGAAGUCCUCAGAGUUGUGCCUUUAAAUUAA